GGAACUCUGCCCCAUUAGAAGAUGGCCGCUGUGUUUCUUCCCGUCUGUCAAAUGGCUGCUGGUUCUCGGUAGAGGUGGUCACGUGGGUUAGGAAGUGCGUUCGCUCGGCGGUAUCCCGUCUCCCAGCAAUAUGAACAGCGUGGGGGAGGAGUGCACGGACAUGAAGCACGAGUACGACCAGUGUUUCAAUCGGUGGUUCGCAGAGAAGUUCCUGAAGGGUGAGGGCAGCGGGGACCCGUGCACGGAGCUCUUCCAGCGGUACCGGCUGUGCGUGCAGAAAGCCAUAAAGGAUAAAGAUAUCCCCGUGGACGGAGUGGACUUCAUGGGGCCAAACAAAGACAAGCCCGGGGCUGAGAGCUGCUCCUGACCUAGUGCGGGCCCCGGUAUCGGAAUCCGCAGGGCCCCAGACACCGAGCCUCCUUCAUUCACAUGGAUGUUAAACUAUUUUCUUAUAAAAUGUCCUCCUGUA